GUUGGAGUGCUCUCUCCAUUUACUUAUGGCCACAAUCACAUCCGCAAUCUUCUCAAUACCAAACAGUUGAUGAAGAACGAACGAAGAGGGAAGGCGGAAGGCACCCAGAAGGACAGAAGACCGUUUACAAAAUGCCAACUAACCAGCAGCCACCUCAAUCAUCUAGUUCCAACCCAGUUCCACAAUCUCAAUAUGGUACUCUUGAUUCAACUCAGCACGCUUGGAUUGAUAAAGCACCCUCAAGUCCCACCCAUUUCCUGUCGAGGGCCUCAAGGCGUCUUCCAGAAUUACAGCAACAGCUCCAACUGAACCCAGAACUAACAGCCAACGAACAGGCGGAUGGCCAUCUACCUACGGAGCGGGAGCCGCUGCUGAGCUAUCAUUCAAGUAAACCCUCAUCACCCCUAACCUCACCAUCCACCCAGCAGGCACCCCCACAAGCUCAUUCCGCCAAUCAACAUCGAUCUGGAAGCAAUGAUUCUCUUUCGACCAGCCAUUCAAAUUCUCAUCAGCAAGCGCUAUCAACGAAUUCUAGACCCUUACCGGCUAAAAAGCUGGGUACCUUCGACGGCGUCUUCCUCCCUACGAUCCUUAGCAUCUUCAAUGUAGUCUAUUUCAUGCGCUUCGGCUAUUGCAUCGGCCAGAUCGGUCUCCUGGGUACCGUCUGUUUACUGCUAAUAGCCUACCUGAUCAACAUUCUGACGGUCUUCUCACUCUCCGCCAUUGCCACCAAUGGCCAGGUUCGGGGUGGUGGCGCGUAUUAUCUUAUCAGUCGUACCUUGGGACCUGAAUUUGGUGGAUCAAUUGGUAUCCUAUUCUGUUUAAGUCAAGCCAUGACGGCAGCAAUGAACAUCAUCGGAUUCGUAGAAGCGAUGAUCACCAUCACUCAGCUCCAUUUAUAUCGAUCCCAUCAAGAUACAGUGAAUGGAGACCCUCAAAUCCAAAACACCUCCACAUCCGUCAUCCGCUACUUCCUCAAGACCGCAGCUCUCUUAGGCGCCACCUUCGCUUGUAUCGUUUUGGGUAAACAGAAGAUCUUUUGUAGUAUGACUCGAUCGGUCUCACUACUGCUCCUCUUCACCUUAUUAUCCAUGCUCUUCUCCUUCAUCAACAAGAGCCCGUUCUCAGAUCCAGUCCAACAUCUUAACUAUACCAGCUUCUCGAUCGCCACUUUCAAAAAGAAUCUUUAUCCAGACUUUCAAUUUCUUGAUGAUGGCAGUUCGACCAAGAUCCAAGUCAAGUUUUCUGAUUAUCAGAGAGUCUUCGGGAUCAUCUUCCCCUCACUAUCUGGGAUCCUAGCCGGGAGUUCGUUAUCCGGAGAGCUUGGCAAGCCCAGUAAAUCCUUACCUUCAGGGAUGAUAUCGGCUUUGAUCUCGAUCAUCACCGUCUAUCUCGUCACCCUUGUCUGUCUCAGUCUCACUUGCGCCAGGGAAGCUUUUACGGUACCCAACCAACUCGGAUUCCUCAACUUGAUCGUCCUGCAAAUCUCAAGUUACCCCGCCUUGAUGUCCCUUGGUCUCUUACUCUGUACACUCUUCUCCAGCAUCAUGGGUAUCACUGUAUGUGGCAAAAUCCUACAGGCUGUUUCUCGAGAUGGACUCAUUCCGAUCAUGAAACCAUUCUUCAGUCAAGGGAGUACGAUUGGAGACGACCCAGUGUAUUCAAUCCUGCUAUGUUUUAUCGUCUGCCAAAUCGCUCUCUUCUGCAACGUCAGUCAACUCGCAAUUCAUAUCACCACCAUCAGCUUGCUUGUCUUUGCUUGUAUCAAUUUGGCUUGUUUUACCUUGAGGGUUGCUGGCUCACCGAACUUUCGCCCAAGCUUCAGACUAUUCUCUGAGUGGACGGCCUUAUUGGGAUUGGCACUAGCCCUGCUGUCUAUGUAUCUUGUCGGUCCAGUCUCUGCGUCGACUUCGAUUAUUGCAAUGAUCACACUUUUUGUUGUUAUCCACUAUUCUUCUCCCGCUAAGCAAUGGGGUGAGGUAACACAAUCGAUCAUUUACCAUCAAGUUCGUAAGUAUCUCCUGAGGUUGGAUGAACGGAAGGAUAAUGUGAAAUACUGGAGACCUCAGAUUUUGCUAUUUACAAACGACCCAAGGCACGAUUGGAACCAAAUCGUAUUUUGUAACUCUCUCAAGAAAGGUGGUCUUUACGUUCUCGCGCAUAUCAUCAAGUCUGAAUUUUCUCCUGAGGCCAUCAAAGAAUUACAAGAACAGCAAUUGAAUUGGUUAGGGUUAGUCGACAUUUCUAACAUCAAAGCGUUUGUUGACCUUACGCUAGCGCCUGACGAGAGGGUAGGUGCGCGUCAAUUGUUGUUGACGGCAGGUCUGGGAGGAAUGCGCCCCAACAUAUGUAUCCUGGGCUUCCCGACCAAUCUGAAAUGGCGAGGGAAAGGCAAAUUGGUUGAUAAUCAGACCGGGUCUCCUACACCACUCCUUGCGAAGCGACGCUCCGACAGCUCCAUUACUGUCAGGGGAAUGGUAAUUGAAUCAACUGCAGACAUUUCAAUUGACUGUCUUGGCUCCUUACCCACAGACUCUCAACGAUCAGAAACUCCAAUCAAGCCCACUGAUUUUGUUGGAAUCAUAGAGGAUACACUGAGCUUGAACAAGUCAAUUGGUCUCACUUAUAACUUUCAAGGCAUGCGAUUACCGGAAUCUAUCAGCCGACCCCAGACGGUUUAUUCAAACGAUCAUAUGGGCCCUCCGGCUGACGGUAGCUUCCAGGGCUCUAAUCCUGACAAGGGUAAAAGAUGGAUUGAUCUUUGGCCUAUCUUACGGGCGGGUCCCUCGGCGUGGGAAACAUAUACAAUGGUACUUCAACUGGGGAUGAUCCUUUCUAUGGUCCCCUCGUGGAGACACUAUCAUAAUCUCAGAGUUACUAUAUUUUGCGAGUAUGAUCAAGAGAUUGCAGAGGAACGUCGUAGGAUGGAAAAGCUGAUGAGUGACUUGCGGAUCCGAGCCACCUUGAGAGUUGUGGUUCUGGCCAAUGGGCAGAUAGAGAGCUAUGAAUGUUUAGUCAAGGGUAAGACAGUUGACAUGGUGGCAUGGUCAAAAAUUGAAAGGACCUUAGCUGGUGAUCCAUGGUGGGAAACAUUGAAGUUCAUGAGAGCUCAAGAUUAUCCGCCUCAGAGUGAAGCUUCAACUCCGUCCACUUCACGCGAAAGGUCAUCUUCUCGGUCAGACAGUGUAUGCUCUGCUUCAUUGGACAGAAACCUGUUGAAGAAAAACGCACAAACAAACAACAUUCGAAUUAAAGCUCUACACCCAUUGAGUCGACGCACUUCCAAUCAAACGUCUCAAUCUGCUCAGUCAGGCAGCACCGCUACCGGGGAUGAUGAUGAUGACUUGAUUUUGGAGGAGAAUGAUGGAGAUGAUGAUACUAUUGCUCGUGAGGCUUACAAUCGGAAUAAAAAGCCUGUUGGAUUACCGGAUGACCCAGUGGGUGUCCAAUCAAAGCCAGCAACACCUCGGAUUUCAAUCCCCAACUAUGGCUCAACUUUUGAGCACCAAUCGCUGGAUCUUCAAAGCCUCUCCCCCUCAUCUUUACAUAACGACAUUCCAUCACCUCCUCCUCAGAAGCGUGGGAAUAUGUCACGAGCAGGAUCCGGUUCAUCAGUUGUAUCAUCCUCUUCCUCAAGUUCAAUCUCUGUCAAACUCGACAAUUGGAUUCGGUCACCUGGCUCAUUCAACCCCUCACAUCGCAACAAAUCCUCACAGGGACUUGCAUCAGUCUUGCAUCGCAAGAAACUCUUCAGCAAGGCCCCUCCAGAGAUGGUAGUUGAAGAAACUGCGGGACAAGCUGAACAACAUCAAAGAAAGCCGCAAGGGAGUUCUUCUUCCACUAGUGGAAAGAUGAAAGACCGCACCCCAUAUUUAUCCUCCUCAUCCGGAGGCGCUUCUACAAGAUCAUCUUCCUCCUCCUCUUGCCCCUCUGACAAUCUGCCGCCGACCCCACCACCCUCAUUCUUACCGCCGGUUGUGGAACUGGACUUCAACUCUCUACCCAUGCAUGCUCAGCUGAUCUGUCUCAACGAGCUGAUCAGGUUCCAUUCUGAUCAUUCUAAUCAACACUCCUCUUCCACUGCUAUCAUCUUCACUAGUUUGCCUCCACCGGAAAGCGGGACAUCAAGUAGCUUUGAAGGAUCAGCAAGGUAUCUAGAUCAACUUGAAACAUUCUUGAAGGAUCUACCGCCUGUCCUAGCUAUCUAUGCUAAACAAUUCACUGUCACUGCUUCACUCUAGUCAAAUAAUAAAAGACAGCUUUUGUGUUUGGUUGAAUUUAUUUAUUUAUUUCAAAUUCAAGAAUGCAUGGAUAAUCAUUGGAUAUAUGGCAUAAUUCUGUAUUUUCACCUCACAUGCACUUUACUAUAUUUGGGUGCCUAUCAUCAUUGUUUUUGCCAUUUUCCCUUAGUAUGUGUCCUUUUGGUUAUCUUACUUAAUUAAUUUUCUAGCAUGUUAUAAUAAUUUAUACAGUAAAGGCAACAAAUAGACCUUUUGUAUCCUCUUUA